UUCCAGGUAACAUCUCCUUAUGGGAAUAGCCUUUACGAUAAUCAAAAUGCUACACAAGGUCAAUUUGCAUUUACAACAGAGGAGAGUGGGAACUACGUGGCGUGCUUUUGGAUGGAUGGUAAACAUGAACAAGAAGGAACUUUGAGCCUUGAAUGGAAAACUGGAAUUGCUGCCAAAGAUUGGGAGUCCGUUGCAAAGAAAGAGAAGAUCGAGGGUGUUGAACUCGAGCUCAGGAAACUUGAAGGAGCAGUAGAAGCCAUCCAUGGUUAUCUAAUUUAUAUGAAGGAUAAGGAAGCAAGGAUGAGAGAAGUCAGUGAAAAAACAAAUAGCAGAGUUGCUUGGUAUAGCGUCAUGUCUCUUGGUAUCUGCGUUUUGGUUUCUUUGUUACAAGUGUGGCAUCUGAAGCGGUUUUUUCUGAAGAAGAAACUCAUAUAGAUGUUGCUUUCAUAUGAGACUUUCACAUCACAAUAUUUUUACUCAACUUUUGGAUAGUCUAGGAUGAAUUCUAUGUUGUAUAGCUUUUUGUUUGUUGAUACUUACUAUGUAUCAUUAGGGGUGCCCCUGCAAAGGGAUAUGUGGUGUUACAUUUCAAUUUUAUAUAGAUAUGCUGAUAUGCUUAAUUGAAGAGCUAGCUA